ACAUCUUGCAGAGUGCACGACACAUUACGACGGCUCCUGCUCUUGCCCCCUCCCCCUCGUCUCUCUCUUUUCUCUCUCGGCCGCUGUGUGCCGGGCGGCACGGCACAGGCAAAGGAGGAGAGGGAACGAACGCCGUUCGCGUUUCGUUCAUUUGUUACGAGUGCAAGACCGGAGAAGAACCGUAGUGUUGUUGUUUGGUGCGACAGUGCCCGAAUUUGCAGGUCAACCCCGCGUCCAAGCCCCGAGUCUCGUCCGGACGGAUCGUCCGAGUGUCCGAACGGCGCGCGUGACGUGUGCAGCAGGCCCACGGCGGCCGCGGAACCAAGAUUCACCCGUGACUCACAGGAAUAAUGAGGACCUCAGCGUGACUGCCUAAGAGCGGAGAUAUGGACAAGGACGGGGGCAAAGAGUCCAGAGGAGGGUCCUCCAAGGAUCACCAUUCAUCCAUUCCUCACAUGCCCCCAGGGGCUACCCCUAAUCUUCUUGACAGCCUGUUCGCCCAAUCUCUUUUUAACGCGGCCCAACCGGGAGGCUUUGGCAACCACUUUCCAGGAUCCUACAGCAUGCUCGGAAGACCACCUCCGUCAGCUCAGAACUCUGCCUACGGAAUCCCGCCCAGCUCUUCUGCAGGGCCCUACGGGGGACUGGGAACCCUGAGUGCGGCCGCCAAUCAGGCAGCCUCUUUGGGAAUCAAUUCAGCCAGCGCGUGGUGGAACAUGGCCUCGCAGAUUGCAGCCCAGGACUACCUCGCCAGACUGUCCGGUAGUCUCCCGUUCGGCGGUCUGACCGGCGAAAGCCUGGUCCCGGGUUUUGAUCUCCUUCAGGCCCAGCAAGCCUUAGCUGCAGCAGCGGCCACUGCUCCGGUCAAGUCCUCCGGAAAACAUUCCUCUAAGUCUGAACGAAGGAGCAACAGUCACGCGAAUUCUUCGUCUAGCCACCACACUUCUACCGCAUCGACAACUUCGAAAAGUAGUCCCUCAGUAACCACGUCCAGCUCGUUGCCAGCUGGAAUUCCCGCUUCGUCAGCCAGUAGAGUCAGUCCUGCCCCCUCUGAAGGAGCAGGUGAUCCGGCCAGUAUUCUGGGUGGGGUGCGUCUGCCUCCCGACACUGAAAUCAUCAAAUACACCUCAUCCAUCGUGGGUCCUAAAAUCCCCGGCACAACCAACAGAGGCAGAAAGAAGACCAUCUCGCUGGACCCACCCUCCGUCAGUGUGUUGCCCACAAACAUGAUGCACCCUUCAGCGUCGGGACCCACCUCGGCCAGCAUGCUGAUGACUGACCACCACCGGCGGGGCAGCAGAGGCUCUGGAGCCAAAUCUCGACAAAACAAAGAGGCUGCGCGGCGGUCCGGCUCGCCAGUUGACAGGGUUGAGGUGAUCAAGUUACCCGCAUCUUCGCCGGCCACCACCAACGGUGGCUCGGGCAUGUCCAACCUCGCCUCUCUGACCGUUCCCUCAUACGGAGGCGGCAGCAGCGAACAGGGAGAAGAUGCUCCACUCAAUUUGUCCAUGAAACCGGCGCAUAGCACAGCGCUUCCCGCUUCUGAAAAGCAAUCUCGUCGUAAACCAGGCCCUAGGCCCCGACGAGUGCCGCAGAACCCUUCAGGUCCAUCAGCUCCAUCUCCCAGUCCGUCUUUCGCCCAGCUGUUCGCCAGUAUCGACGGACCCAGACCCACAAGCUCAGCCUACAGCUCUGCUAACUCUGGCAACGAAGACUCUGACUCUCAGACAAAGGACCGACCUCGAAACCUUGGCCGUGGAGUGUCCAAGCCCAAGAAAAACACUGUGGCGUCUCUGUUGGCCCAAAGCAGAGCUCUUGGCAUCAAGCCCACCGUGGCGUCGCUCAACCACCACCAAGUGUCCCUGCUCAAGCCGCCCUCGCUGCAGUCCGAUUGCAAAAAGAUGGGUAUCACGAGCGAUGACGACAGCUCGUUGCCAGACGUGAGCAGCGAUGAGAGCGACGACGUAAACGCCAUGCUCGGCAGUGAUUCUGACAGCGCCGACGAGGAGAGAGGCCGAGGCCGCAAGAGGGAGUCGACAGACCCUGAGGACGGACCUAGCUCUGCCAAAAGGCAUAGGAGUAGUGCGUCCAUGGAAAGAGAUCUCCGAAUUCCCCUAUCCCGUGGAUGGAAGCGAGAAACCUUAAUCUGUGGCCUAGGAAAAUCUGGUUCCGUGAAGGGAGAGGUGUCUUAUAAUUCGCCGUGCGGGCAGAGGUUCAAAAACUGCACUGACAUAUUGAAAUUCCUCGAAGCGCAAGGCAUCACGGACUUAAACAAAGACAAUUUCAACUUCAGUUCAAAACUGGUGCUGGGUGAUUUCUUGCAGCCUUUGAUGCAAGGCGCGAAAGCGCCUGAGGACUGUCUUAGACUUACUGAAGAGGAAGUAGUUAUGAGGGUGGAGCAACUGCGAGUAUACAAAGCUGCCACUGCCAGCAGCAAGCCUAAGCAAAGCAGGAAUUACAGGAGGAUGAGAGAGGAAGAAUAUCUGAGGAGACAAUAUGAGGCACAGCACUUGGCAAGAAUCGCACAAGGACACAAAUUGGCACAACAGUUGGAAAAGGAGAAGAGCCAGAUGGCCGCGCGAGAAGCCAAGAGAAUCGCCAAGGAGGAAGCUCAAAAAAUCAAGGAACAGUUGAGAAUCAUGAAGGAGCACGAGAAGUUUGAACGGCAAGAGACCUUGAGGAGAGAGCGUGAACACAAAGCUAUGCAGAUGCACGAGGCUCGACGGAAACGUCAGCAAGAGCUGGAAGAUCAGCGGUUGGAAGAACAGCAGCGCAAAGCCAAGGAAAGAGAACACAAGAGACAGCAGGCUGUUUUGUUGAAGGAACAAGCUGUGCAACUGUACAUGCAGGAGCUCACUAAGCAAAGGGAGAUGCUCUACUCUGUCGAAAUGGAGCGAGAGCGGCGACGGCAACACAUGGUGCUGGUGAAGUCCCUCGAGUCCAGGCGGCGCUUCGAAGACCGCGAGAAGAGGCGCUUGGAGCAGAAGGCGGAAAAGCAGGCGAGCAGAGAGCGCCGCGAGGAACAGCGACGAGCCGAGAUCGAGCUGCUGAGGGAGCUGCGCAAGCCUGCUGAAGAUAUGGCGUUAUUCGCAACUCCAGAACACAAGGACAUGCCGAUUUUGAACCGCAUUCCUGGACUAAAACUGGCUGGCGAGGCGUUUGCGGACACUCUAAUGGUGUUUGAGUUCCUGCACAACUUUGGAGAAACGCUCGGUUUUGAUAUGGAAAGUCUGCCUUGUUUGAACAGUCUACAAAUGGCUCUCCUCAACGAUGAAGAGGCUGAAGAGGAGCUUCUCUCUGUGAUGACCCAUUUGCUAGUAUGUGCAAUAGAAGAUCCAGGAAUACCGAAUCCAGCGCGGCACACCACACUGCUGGGCCAGUCGCUCAGACAGGCUGACAUUACACACACAAACUUAUCAGAAAUACUACGCAUCUACCUCUACGCAAACGCUACUGGAGAAGUGAAAGCUCUCUAUGGUGUAACAUACGAAAGAGAACGAGAGAAAAAGGAACCAAAUCGCAACCAAGCAUUUUUGGACCGAAUGAAGGAUAACCAGACGUGCAUUAUGUCCGAGUGGCUGCGCACCACGCCAUUCCUCGCACUCAGUCCCACGCGCAAAGCGGCCAUUCUCGCAUUUAUAUGCAACGAGUUGCUUCAGAACAAGGCCGUGUGCCGGCAAAUUGAUGCCUCGAUCGAAAAUGUUGCUCAGCUUAGAAAAGACAGAUGGGCUAUCGAUGGAAAGAUUAGAAAGCUUAGGAUGAUGCAUGGCCGAAAGGCUCGUAUGGAGCAAAUCGCUGCAGUAACAAAACAGCAUGAAAAUUCUCUGGCGCCGCCCACGCCUGAGAAAGAAGGAAUGGAUGGCGGAGAGAGUAAAGACGGAACGAAAGACUUGGAGAAAAGCGAGCCUGAUAAGAAAAACGACAUCGAUGAUGACGAUGAUGAAGAAAGUGGAAACGAAAGUGAAGGAACCACAGCAGAGGUUGAGGUUCCUGAGGAGGAUGAGGAUAAGAAAAUGACUGCAGAAGAGUUGCAGAAAAAGCUGGAGAAAGUGUCCAAGCAAAGUGAACAGUGGAUGCAAGACUUGAGCAGUGCAGCUCAGCAACUGCGCGCCAUUUGCUUUGGUCAGGACCGGUAUUGGCGACGCUACUGGUCCCUGCCGCGAGCUGGAGGCAUUUUCGUAGAAGCUAUUGAAUCGGCAGAGCCCGAGAUGUUCAGUGAGGGCGAAGACGGUCCAGAGGAACCAGAGGAGAUUGAUGAGGCCGCUGCCGCUGAAGACGAAGGCAACAAGGAAGGCAAAGAUGCUGAUGAGGAAAAAUCAGAGGAGGCAUCUGAAAAGCAGGAUGAAGAUGCCGAGAAAAAGGAGGCUAUCGUGGAAAAUGGUCUGAAGGAGGAGAAAGAGGACACUCCUGAUGUCGAAAUGAAGGACGAGUCGCUUGUAGAAAAACCAGAAGCGGAAGCUGUGAAGGCGGAGCCCAUCAAGGCUGAGGCGACGCCUAAAAAGGAAGAACCUGAGGAGAUGGAGGAAGACGACCUAGACAACAGCGAGCGGUUCAACCCCAUCAACCACUUAAUGCGCUGGGGCUCGCCCAGCAUCUACAACGGAGCCAAAGAUCUCAACGGCAGCUACAACUCCAAGCUGGAGAACAGCACCACUUCGACGUACAGCGGCAUGGCCUCGCCGGGCAACCUCUCCCUUGUGGACAAGCAGUGGUUCAGUUUGAUCCCAAAGGACGCAUGCGACGAGAACUCGCUGACCAAACCGCCGUACCGCAGCUCUGCCAUCGGAGUGCCGCUCACCAAGGGUGUAGGCGAGAUCCGAAUUCCAUGGUUCCCGCGGCCGCAGACAAGCGCCUCUCCGCUACCCGCUGCCUCGCCGGCGCCAUCCAGCAGACCCAGCCUCUGUGAUUCCCCGCCUUUGUACUCUGCCGAAGAGACUGCACUGCACAUUGAGCACCUCAAACGGCUUGGCGAAACUGUUGAGUCUGAGCCCAGACCCAUUCCAAGAGACAAAAGACGCGGCUGGUGGCGGAUCACGGAUCCGGAAAAGAUGCAGACGUUGAUCACCAACUGCCAUCCGCGUGGCGUUCGUGAGAGGGAGCUGAAGCGCACGGUGAGCAGAUACAUGGAGUACGUCGCCGAGUCCGGCAGCCAGUUCUUCCUUGUGAAGCUCUGCGCUCCCGGUGACACGAUUUCAACCGAUCUCAGCACUGGCGACGAGGCCAAGCCAGUCAGCAAAAGCGCUCCCAGCAGGGAUGAGCCAGACGCGUGGAGCGAGAAGGUGGCGCUCAGGGUUGACAUGCUGAUGCUUGAGCAGGUUGAGGCCUUGGAGGACAGGGUGGCCAACGCCAGUAUGCAGGUCAAGGGCUGGAAGGUGCCGCCAAGGGCGUCCACAGACGAGACCAUUCAGUUCAGAGCCUCGUGCCUCACGCCUGACGACGAGGAUGAGGAGCGACAGGAUCCCGUGAUGAUCGCCAAAGAGCGGCUGGCAGACCUCGAGGCCGCCAUCGAACGACGCUACCUGAAGCCACCAUUGGGAACCAGUUGUGAGCUGUCCCUAUCCAACUUGCAAGCGUCCGAUCAGCACAAGGCACCGCCGAGUCCGUCGUCUCCUUCUGGGGAGCCGGACACCCUUCCCAAGGGUCUGGUUACCUGGAGGGAUGGCGUGGUGAAGGCAAAGACUGCCGCCCAACUUGCCAUGGUGUUCUACAUGCUCGAGGCGUCCAUUGCCUGGGACAAGAGUAUCAUGAAAGCAGUGAGUGAUUCGUCUGCUAAUAUGAGUAACUGCCAGUUCUGCAGUUCUGGAGACAACGAGGACAAACUGCUGCUUUGCGAUGGCUGCGACAAGGGGUACCACAUGUACUGCUUCAAGCCCAAGAUCGAAAGCGUCCCUGACGGAGACUGGUACUGCUUUGAGUGUCGCAACAAGGCCACCGGCGAGAGAAACUGCAUCGUGUGCGGGAAGCGUGGCGUUGGCAAGAAUCUGGUGCUGUGCGACUCCUGUCCAAGGGCCUACCACCUUGAGUGUCUCACUCCCCCCAUUGCUAAGGUGCCUCGCGGGAAAUGGUUCUGCCCCAGCUGCAACUCGAAGAACCCGAAAAAGCGUGGUCGCCGGCCAAAAAUGAGUGAGUCCGAGGGCAGCUCCGUAGUCGGUGGCGACUACGAGGGUGCCGCCUCCACCACAGUCACUUCCACCUCCACCACAAACACCUCCUCGAGCCCCCCCUCGUCCACCCCAGCCAAUUCCGCCUCCCCUCCAGCCAAGAAGGACCGCAACAAAAAAUUAGCCCGCGAGCUCACGGCAUGCAAGACUUUGCUGGACGAGCUGGAGGCGCACGAUGAGGCGUGGCCCUUCCUCUUGCCGGUGAACACAAAACAGUUCCCGACGUACCGUAAAAUAAUCCGAUCACCCAUGGAUCUCAGCACAAUUAGAAAGCGACUCACAGAAGGAGUAUACAAAGGGCGAGAGGAAUUCUGCGCCGAUGUCCGAGUGAUCUUCAACAACUGUGAAACGUUCAACGAGGACGACUCGCCGGUGGGCAAAGCCGGGCACAGCAUGCGCUCGUUCUUCGAGGCGCGCUGGAUCGAACUCUGGAACGGCAAUCAACACUGAGGAAAGCGACCCCGGGCGUCGCAGCCGGACGACUCGGGGUAGUGAUACAAAAAAAACAAAUACUGGAACGAACGCGCAGAAUUUUAGGAUCGACAGAAUGAUUGGUCAUGCCUUGGUGCACCGCCACAGAAGGUGCUCGUUUUAACACACCGCGCUAUCUUUUCCUUUGUUAACCUACCCCACCCACCCAAUCGCCCACCCAGCCAGAAACCCCCGCCCCCUGACGGGGAGAACGACGAAGAUGGUCCUUUUCUUGUAAAUAAUAGUAAAUAUUGAAAAAAAAUAUUGAUGCUAAAUAUAUUUGUGACGACGACGAUACGUUCAACUAUUUUAUUUUCGCAAUUUACCCAGUUGAUUCGCUCUGUGGGCAGAAUGUUCAUAAAUGAAAUAGCGUUGUAUCUAUGGCUGUAAUGUUUUUAGAUUCUUAGAAGGUAACACAAAGCAGAAAUUACACGAACCGAAAGGGGACAGUGUUGUAUACAAGGAAUUUCACUUUCACUUAUCUGCUGCCGAACGUUUUCAAUUACUUCAAAUAUACAUGGAAACUGCAUCAUCUCUCUCUUGUGUUGAACAGAUGUGUGAUAGAAAUUGAAAAACGAUAAUACAUAUAUAUUUAUUCCAGAUUGGGAUACACGAUGAGCGAAACCUCGUACUCUCUCAUUAUCUCCAGCUAUCUAUUUCUCUCUCUCUCUCUCUAUCUCUGUCUUAAAUACCUUCAGUGGGCCAAUGUAUUUUUGUAUGUUUCUCUUUGAAUUUUAUUUUUCUGUUGUUUUAUGAAAUGAAAAGAAAAAGACGUCUCUCUUUGUUCCGAAAACUCUGUGUCAACCAGGGUGCCAUACACGUAAUUAUUCUUACGAUUUGUUCUCUUUUUCCACUUCUUUUUACUCUCCGUUGUGGAAAAUUACAUUUUAUCGACUUACACAAUGCAAUUCUUGGUGUCUGCAAGGAGUUACUUGUUUUUCAAAAGAUUUGUGUGCACCAAAAAUAAUGAAAAUAUUUGUAGUUGAUGCUUAUUUAUUAAAAUUGAGAAAAUAAAUUUGAA